AAAAGUUUACCAUUAAAAUUAGAAACCAAAAAAAUUUACGACCGUAUGUCCUCAAAUAUUCUUAUCCUUAUCAGAACCUUUUUUUCCAUUUUCCUUCUGUUUCUGAACUCCAAUUCCUUACUUUCUGGUUUUAACUUAUCAAAAUUAAAAUCAUGGUUAUCUUCUUCCACAUCUUCUUCCUCACCGCUACCACUUUCACUUUCGCCUUCACUGCUUCUGUCGCCACGGCUUACCCCACCGUUCGAGACAUCAAUACAGCCGAUUGUGAACUCGCCACGGGAGGUGAAAACCCGAUUCCUAUUCGCCGAGAAGUAUACGGUGAUGGAAGAAUAUUCGACAUAAGCCACAUGUACAGAAGCGACAUGCCAGCAUGGAAUUCCAAGCAUGGUCUGGGACAGUUCCUGUGGUUACCUGCCAGCAUGAAGAACGGCUCACUCGCCAAUAAUUCGGAGAUGAAGAUGUCCGUUCACACCGGCACUCAUGUGGAUGCUCCGGGACACGUCGUUGGUCGAUACUUCGACGCCGGCUUUGACGUUGAUACACUUGAUUUAGAGACGCUUAACGGUCCUGCACUCGUGGUUGAUGUUCCAAGGGAUAAGAACAUAACUGCUGGAGUGAUGGAAUCUUUAAAAAUUCCAAAGGGAGUACGUAGAGUUCUCUUCCGAACCUUAAACACUGACAGGCAGCUUAUGUUUAAAAAGGAGUUCGAUACAAGCUAUGUGGGAUUGACAAUGGAUGGUGCAGAAUGGUUGGUAAAGAACACCAACAUUAAACUUAUUGGAACUGAUUACUUAUCUGUUGCUGCCUAUGAUGAUGCCAUUCCAUCUCAUAUAAUUCUUCUAGAAUUGCGGUCAUUACUUAGAAGUAGUACUGCAUCUUGAUUUCCAAGUUCAAGCUACUUUAUAAGGGAAUUAGAGGGAAUAUCUAGUAUUCAGUUAUUGUUUAGUUCAAUGUCCAUGGGUAUCUUAAGAUGUUUUCAUUUCAUAGAUUUGGAUUUUAGCUGAACCAAGAAGCAUUGGUUGAGCAUUAGUUGAGCAUUUCAAAAGGCGGUUCAAUGUUCAUUUUAACUUCACUAGAAUUGAUUGUUAAUGGUACAUAUUGGAUAACAAGGGUCAUAAACAGUUCUGCAUAUUCAGAAGUAAAAAGAUCAAAGAUAACUAAAACAUGGAACUUCAUUGCACACACCAUGCAACUAAUCCCAGCUAAGUUACAAAUUGCAAGCUCUAGCGUCAACACUUGACUUGAUUUCAAAAUUGUAAAGUUACUCAAUGUUCAGGAUAUCAUUCUUGUAGAAAGCCUGAAACUUGAUUGUAUCGAACCUGGAAUCUAUUCUCUUCAUUGCUUACCUCUAAGGUUGCUUGGUGCUGAAGGAUCCCCAGCAAGAUGUAUUCUGAUCAAGUGAUGUUAAUUUCUUGAGAAAUGCUUCCUCCUACUCCCCCCUCUUCCUCCAUGUCUGAGUUGUAGUCACUCUUAAAAAGGAAAGAGCAGAAGUGGUGAGUCCUACCAAAAGGAAUGUGAAGCUGGUGAAGCCCAUAUUUGAGAGUCAUCCAAAGGUAUUUUGUACAAGAUGAAGUAAAAUAUCAAAAAAGUGUUUUAUUGGUUGGACUAUUUGUUAGAGUAGUCUUACUUAUGAAUUUAUUAAAAUAUCUUUAAUAAAAUUAUUUUUUAUAU